AAGUAAUCCACGACUUCAGAAUGGAAAACUGGCCCCUUCCCCUCUUCCUGUGAUCAAGCCGUUGGCCAUCGUUUCUGUGGGGAUGCCUAUAAACCACCAGAAAUCAGACUCUUUGGAAAUGGACUCUGAUUUGUCACCCAGCUGCAGGUUCAGUGACCUGAGCAGAGGGGGCAGUUUGGAGAGUCGAAGUAGCAGUUCUCGCUCCAGAAGUCUCACUUUGGAUGACGAGAGCCUGAAGUACCUCACACAUGAGGAAAAGGACGUCAUCCUGUUUUUUGAAGAGACUAUUGAUUCCCUGGAGGACGACUUUGAAGAGCAAAUCCUGUGUGAUAGUGGGGUACACUGCCAGUCCCCACGGUCUCUGGGAGAGAGUACUUCCAGCCACUCGGAGCCAGAAGAUGUCAUUGACUUAGUGCAGCCAGUACCUGCAGCUGGGGAACCUGAGCGCCUUCCGGAUGUCACGGAAACAGCAGGGUCUGGACCUGUUGGGAAGGAAGAUAUUCCUGUCCUGGAAUUUGAAACACAAGGUAUGGAGACUUCUCCCCCGCCAGAGUCCACAGCUCCAGAGGCCCUUCCUCGGCCGCCUUCCCUGCCUGUCACCACAGCACCAGCCCACCCCAGGAAAGAGCUGCUCUCUCCUUCUCCUCCAGCAGAGCACCCAAAACUGCCCCGCUCAGUUCCUACUCCACUUGUUAUCGCCCAGAAAAUUUCUGAGAGGUUGGCAGGAAAUGAAGCACUUUCACCCACUUCCCCCUCCAAGGAGGGCAGGCCUGGAGAAUGGAGGACACUGACUUCUACGGCCCCUCAAAAUGGAGACCACUUGUUGUGGCACAGACAUACGGCACAGCCUGCACCCAAGAUCCACCGCUUUCCAAGCAACAUUAGUGUGACCAACAGCGCCGGGAAGGAGUUCAACAAGACCAUCUCCAAGGCAGCGGUCAACGUGCAGGAGCGAAAAGCCCGGGUCCUAGCCAACAUUAAUGGUGUGUCUUUCCUCUCCAUGGGAGAAAUAGAAGAUCGGGCCCAAAAGGGUGAUCUCCCUGAGCAGAGGAGAAGCGUCUCUUCAGAGCAGGGGACAAGCGACCAGAGCAAGCCAGGCCCAGUCCAUGAAGCUGUGUCCACGCGGGCAGGUGGGCAGACCAGCAGCCAGCAGUCCAGAGGCGUGCAGACAGAGCAGACCUCACCACUGGCCAAUGGCUUCCAGAGCAUCCACGAUGUCCUAAAGAGUGAGCCCAGUGCCUUUUUCUCUACUGGGAAAACUGUCACCUUCCGUCCGGACACAGCUCUCACCAGUAAACUUGCACGCCAGAACGCCAGCAAGAGCUUGUACGAGCACCGGCAGCCGGACUGUGGCCAGGAUGCUAGGAAGCGGUCAGGUUCGCUGCCCAGGGCUGUGGGCUUCAGACCUCAGGGCAUCACCGUCCAGUUCGCUGGCCGAGGCUCCACUGAGGAAGCUCGCCGGGAGGCCCUGCGGAAGCUUGGCCUGCUGAAAGAGAACUCGUAAUAGAGAACAAGUGGGGGCUGGAGGAGGAGGAUGGCCAGGUUUGUUUAGCCUAGAAUGGCUGUGUGUUGUAAAAAGCAAUCACAACAGCACCAACAGCUGUGCCCUGCUGAGGACAAGUGAUGACAGUUACCAGGACUUAGCAGUCCAGGCGGGGUGCAUGAGAACAGUUAGGGCUGCCCCUCCUAUCCCACUACUAAAUUGGGAUUUCCUUCUGUAAACAAGCGCUAGCACUAUAUAUUCCUUUUUCCAAGAACUCAAAGAAUAGCCUUGAAGACCUAUAGGUUUCUGUGAUUUGUAACUGCCAUCUGUUUUGUGGACUCAGGAGGAGGGAGAUUGAUUUGCUGUUUUUGAGUCUCUAAUCUAGCCUUCCAUCCCAAGCGAAUGGACAUGAAGGCCAGUUUAGGUCUCUUACACUCAAUUUUCUAAGAUAGGGAUUUCUUCUCCUUUUCUAAGAAAACGUUAAAACUGAGUGUUAAAUUUUCAUAGUGUCUUUCAUUUGUGGUUUUUGGUUUUGAAGGGUAAAGGACAGUAUGUUAGCCCUAAAUAUGCCUUUGUUUCUUGAUAUAAUUUGGUUUGCCUAAUUUUUUGGGUUUUUUUAAUUAAAAAUUAAAAUGAAACCUCUUUAGAGUAUGAUGUACUAUAAUUUUGAGUUAUGGGAGUGGAACAGAAAGGUUGAGUGUGGAAAAGGGUAAUUUAAAGAAAGCAAGUCUCAUCACACUGAAGGGUCUUUGUUGUUGGGGGAUAUGUGUAUGAACACCUAUUGUGUAUAUACAUGUACAUAAUAUGUUUAUAGAAACAUAUGUUAACAUAUAUAUAGGCAUUGUGGGGGCACAUACACAUUCAUUACUUAUAUAUAAACUUCUUAAAACCCUAUACUCUUGAUAAUACAGCCGUCUCAUUGGGACGGAUGUAUCAGAAAUUGUUACUUCCUGACAUGGAAAUCUUUCAAGGACAUGUCUCCAGGAUAUUUUGGUGAACCCAAGUGCUUUUUCCUCCGCCAUGUGUGUUCUGUUCCCAAUUAAAGUAAUAUUCCAAGUAAGGUUCCAGAUAAGAUAGUUCUUAACAUUCUUUGUGAAGAACAUUUUCAGAGAUUUAAUUUAUCACCUAAUUUUAACAUAAUUUUAAUUUAUGACCUAAUUUUAGUUCUGCAUCUUCCAAAGUAGCUACUAAACAGGAGGAAACAAAAGAUUCUUCAGAUCCCCUGUGUUCUGUGAGCAAGGUCUCAGGAUUAAUUUAAAAGGGAAAAAAUAGCAAACUAGGUGACACAGCAUAAAAAAAACUGGUUUGCUCCCAGACUGUGUCUUACAUGCUGAGUUGUAGCCACAAACAUUAUUAUCAAAACUAUUUAAGGCUGGCAUCUUAAAAUUCUAAAAAUAGACUGGGAAGGGCCACACUUGGAUAUCACACCCCUUUGUUCUUAUGGCUCAGCCACUGUCACAGAAUCUGGUUCUUUCCUGGUGAGUAUUACUUAAAUUCAAAUGUACCAUGAAGGACAUUUUUCAUAGUAUUCAAUUUGCCUUGUAAGUUACAUAAAAUGAUUGUAAUUUUUUUAACUUAGAACUACAGUAUUUAGUGUCUUGGCCAGCCCUGUCUACCUGAAAUAAUCUCAUGGAUUCUUGAUGGUCUUAAUUUAAAUAGGUUUUUAAAGUAGUUUUUAUUUUACUCCUGUUUAUAUUGGAUAUGGUUAAAGGAUUCUUGAGGGCUGUAUUAUCUUUUUACAAAGUGAGAUGCCUUACACAGUGUUUAAAAUAGAGGGUCUUGAUAUGGCUGAUUUCUUUUUAUCUUAUCCUAUGACGUCAUUGUGAUUAAGUUAAAACCUUGACUAUAUGUGGUAUAUUUGCCUUCAUAAUGACAGUUUUGAAAAAUAAAUUGAGAUUUAUCUUACAUAUAAA